ACUCGUGGCUGUUGGUGUGUGUGUAAGUGUGGGUUUUUGGGUGUGCGUGUGGGUGUGUGGGUGUGGAUGUGGGUGUGGGUGGGUGUGGGUGUGGGUGGGUGUGGCUGUGGCUGUGGCUGUGGGUGUAGGUGUAGGUGUGGGCGUGGGGUGUGGGUGGGUGUGGGAGUGGGUGUCGGUCUCUCCUUCUUCCUCAUCCAUAUCCACACCCACACCCACACCCAAAUUAUACUUUGAGCUUUGAAAAUUCUGAGCAUACCGUUGGAUAGAGCUCAUAGAGUUCUAUCUUGGUCCAUCGUUGGUCUAGUCUGGUCCACUUCCUAGGCGAAUCUAUUCAGAAAAUACUCGAAUUCUGACCUAAGAUAUCCUACGUUAAUAUUUUUAUUUCUUUGAAAAUUAAAAGUUUGUCACAUUCAAUUGAGUAACCUCGACGUGACUUACUGAGAAAGAUAAGAACGAUCGUUUGCAUCUCAUCCAUCUUCCAGAGGUAUAUAGGGCCUUGUUCUUUUUUCAGUUCUUCACCUACCAAACUGCGAUAAGAAUGAUAGUUCACAUUGCAUUCACUUGCUCGAGAUAUACAACAACAAUAUUUUAGGUGAUGUACUUCUUCGAAUUUUUUCGUAUAGUACUUAUACUUGUAUUGGCUUUUGCUGCUUCGUAUGCUAAUGAAAAAACUCAUCCAACGAUUGGAGUUAUUCGCUGGGAUGCUUGGAACUUGUUCAACGAUCAAUACGAUCCCAUCUCCUUCUAUUCUCAUCGAUGUCUGAGUCCCGAAAAGUUUCAUUAUCGAUUACCAUUUUUUGCAACGGUUCUUUCACCUACAAACACUUCAUACAAUGAAGAUCUACAGAGUGUGAUGGAUCAAGAGAUACUUUAUGCAAAGCAUGCAGGUCUUGACUAUUGGGCUUUCGAUACAUAUUGUACAUAUGGACCCAAUUGUACUACCAAUUCCACAUAUUGUGUUGAAUAUUUACAGAUCGCACCUCAUUAUUGUCCUCGAAAUCCUGCAUAUGGCUUGCAUCAAUACCUUUCGAGUCAAUAUAACUCUUUAAUAAAAUUCACCCUUCUCUUAUUAGGUUCUUCUCCUUGUGACGUUGCUUUUCAAGAGGGUUAUCUCGAACUUAUGGUGCAUCCUCAGUUUCAAACUGUUUUAGGAGGUCGUCCACUUCUGUAUUUAUUUCAAUUUACCGAUGUUGAAGCCAAUCUUUGUGGAGGUGGAUGGUCUGGAAGUAGACAAGUAUUCGACAAGUUUCGCCAGAUGGCCACAAAUCGAGGUGAAUUAUAG